AUGAGCGGCCUCAGGUUCCUCGAUUUGGUGAAGCCAUUCACCCCGAUCGUACCAGAGAUCGCCCUUCCGGAGACGAAGACACCAUUCAACCAACGAUUAGUAUGGACAGGUGUAACACUAUUGAUCUUCUUGGUCAUGAGCCAAAUGCCCCUCUACGGCAUUGUCUCCUCCGACACCUCAGAUCCGCUAUACUGGCUCCGUAUGAUGAUGGCGAGUAACAGAGGAACUUUGAUGGAAUUGGGUAUCACACCAAUUAUCUCCUCCGGCAUGGUCUUCCAGCUCCUGGCUGGUACACACCUCAUUGAUGUCAACUUGGACCUCAAGUCUGACCGUGAGCUGUAUCAGACAGCUCAGAAGCUCUUGGCCAUCAUUCUUUCGUUCGGACAAGCCUGUGUCUACGUUUUGACUGGUCUAUAUGGCCCACCGAGUGAUCUUGGUGCCGGUAUCUGUGUGCUCCUCAUCGUUCAGCUUAUCAUUUCUGGCCUCAUCGUCAUUCUGCUCGACGAACUCCUGCAGAAGGGCUACGGUCUUGGAAGUGGUAUCUCGCUCUUUAUUGCCACAAACAUCUGCGAGUCCAUCGUUUGGAAGGCUUUCUCCCCGACCACAAUUAACACUGGUCGUGGUCCAGAAUUCGAGGGCGCCAUCAUUGCUCUGUUCCACCUUCUCAUGACGUGGCAAAACAAGCAGCUCGCUCUGCGCGAGGCCUUUUACCGCCAGAACCUACCCAACAUCAUGAACCUUUUGGCUACUGUCGUUGUCUUUGGAGCCGUCAUCUAUCUCCAGGGUUUCCGCGUCGAAAUUCCCGUUAAGUCAUCUCGCCAGCGUGGUAUGCGCGGCUCGUACCCCGUCCGCCUGUUCUACACCUCCAACAUGCCUAUCAUGCUUCAGUCUGCUCUGUCCUCCAACAUUUUCAUCGUUAGCCAGAUGCUCUACCAACGGUUCUCCGACAAUCUCCUUGUUCGUCUGAUCGGUGUAUGGGAGCCCCGUGAGGGAUCCGCUCAGCUCUAUGCUGCCUCUGGCCUUGCAUACUACAUGUCUCCUCCCCUGAAUUUCACUGAAGCUCUUUACGACCCGGUCAAGACCGGUGUAUUCAUCGCUUACAUGCUCACCGCCUGCGCCGUCUUCUCUAAGACUUGGAUCGAAGUUUCCGGCUCCUCUCCUCGGGACGUUGCCAAGCAGCUCAAAGAGCAAGGUCUCGUCAUGGCUGGUCACCGCGAGGAAUCUAUGUACAAGGAGCUUAAGCGUGUCAUUCCAACCGCUGCUGCCUUCGGUGGUGCGUGCAUUGGUGCACUCUCUGUUGGAAGCGAUCUUCUUGGUGCUCUUGGAAGCGGUACAGGUAUCCUACUAGCCGUCACCAUCAUCUACAGCUACUUCGAGAUCGCUGCGAAGGAAGGUGACAUGGCUGGCCUCAAAGGCAUGGUUAUGGGUUAG